AUGAGAGGAGCACCUCUUGCCAUGUUGGGAGGGUUCCCGUUUGCGAGACCACUGAAAGAUCAACUUGCUGCGUUCAAUUUUAGUCCGGCAUCUUGGUCCGUUCUUCAAAACCUGCAAGUUCGAUAUGGAGGCGAGAGUCGAGCAGUCAGUUCAGUCCAAGACGGACUGAGAAAUGUCAUAGCAACUGCUGGUAACGCUCGCCCUGAAAGUCUUGAGAAUUCUGAAGACAAAUACAGGGAACUUAGUGGAGGGGUUCUGUUUUCAGGAGAGAGGUUCCUGGGAAAUCACUGUUUUGAUUUCAGUAAAGUGGAGUUUCAACACUUACUGGAUUCUCAACAGGGGGUUACUGCGCAGACCAAACCUGCUAUGACUGCGGGUCGGAUUUACCUGACCAAUCAGCGACUUAUUCUACUUUCUAUAAGAGACGAGACAGGCCUGCAGUUGACUGACGAGGGUUCACAGCCAGCGGGAAAGCGCAAAUGCGUGACCUUAUCUAUCACCGGCGGCAAAACCAGUACUUUCCGCUACGAGAGCAUCCAACUAGCAGACAUUCGCGGUGUCGACAUGAGCUCAGUGUUCAGCGGUGCUUCGUCGACAAACGUCAAAGGCUUCAUACCGCCACCGCCACCAUGUUGCUGCUCAUGCUGCUUCUCGUGUUGCUGCCCAGAGGAGGCUGAAUGGGAAUUGUCGCCUCACAUCUCAUCAUCAACCAACUUGGACGGAGUGAUCAAUCUGGGUACACUCCUUCCUCCAUGGCAGACCAAAUGUAAUGUCUCCAUCUUCAUGCCGCCAAAUAGCGAAACGGCUGCAGGGGUGCGAGUUCAUCCGGGCACUUCAGUAUGCUGCUCCUGCUCUUCAACCCAGUCCAGGAAACUGAUUUUAAAAAGGAAUGAGAUUUCGCUGUCGAUUCUCUACCUCUACCAUGCUCUUUCGGUUUUUGUUUUUUGUUUCGACCGCAAUGGGAAUUUUGCUGCGAUGCGAGUUCGAAUGUCCUUUUGGUUGGAUAGGUUCAGUUUAGUUCAGGUCUGACUAUAGAAAUUAAAUGAUUUAUCCGCGGGUUUCGUGUGGAGAUUUUUUGAAACGAGAGGAUUGGAAUAAAAAGGGGGUCGGUCUAAAUUUCAUCGAAGGUGUAAGUGAUCAAUGGCGUUUCAUGUUGUUUGUUACAAAAGCUGCUUGAUUAUCUGAUAACGCGUUGAACCGCCAGUCACCAGACUAUGUUACCUGUGAGUUAUUAUGAUUUGGGUAAUUUUG